CACGUCUGGUUGUUCUCUGUGACUCUUGUUAUUAAAACAGUUUUAUCCGUGUUAACUGAUAGAAUUAUAGGCACUAAAGUACUCUCGACUGGCGUGGGUAGUGUGUACCACCAAUAUGUAACAUACUAUGUACCAUAGUGUGUACCGUAAUGUGUACCGUAAUGUAUUUCUUGCUAGUGAAAAUGUUGUGGUAUGUGAGAGACCUGGUGAUAUUAGGUCAUCAUCUCUCUUUACACCUCAGACUAAUCACAUACGGGACACCGGUUAGUGCGACAGGUGUUUCUUCAUCGGACGGUGACUGGACGCUGCCGCAGCUAGGAGACUUCUCCAGCAACAACGCACCGUGCGGUAGACCCGCUGCUGGGCCCGCUCCCCUGGUGGACCCCAGUGCCCCCCACCCACAGAGAUCGAAAGACGUCAUGACAUCGGGAAUGGAGAGAAAGCUGAAUGCUGGAAGGUCUGGGAAAGGGCGCGGUAGGGGGCGUCCCAGAAAAGGGGAAGGGAGUGAGAGGAAGCAAGAGGGUCAAGGGAGGGAAGGAGAUAAGAGGGAGGGAGACGAUCACGGGGAGAGUGGAGAGAGUGAGACUAAUCAGAGGAGAGAAGGUAGCACUUUGGUCACUAAUGAUGAUACCAUAGCCACUAGAGAAGGUGAUACCAUCGCCACUAUAGAAGGCAGUAGCACCAUUACCAUCAAAGAGGGUGACACUAUAAUCAGCAGAGAAGAUAGCAUAAUAGCUACCAUAGAAGAUAAGAAUAUAAUCACUAGAGACGAUAAUAUCAAUGCCCCCAGAGAAAGUAACACUGUAACCAAUAUAGAAGAUACUACCAUUUCCACUACAGAGGGUAGCACCAUUGCCACUAGAGAGGGUAGUGCCAUUGCCACUAGAGAGAAUAGCACCAUUGCCACUAGAGAGGGUACCACCAUUGCCACUAGAGAGGGUAGCACCAUUGCCACUAGAGAGGGUAGCACCAUUGCCACUAGAGAGGGUAGCACCAUUGCCACUAGAGAGAGUAGCACCAUUGCCACUAGAGAGAGUAGCACCAUUGCUACUAGAAGAACAGCCUCUGCAGACUCGGUCCUCACAACCCACAUUAGCCCUCAACAUAAACCAAACUCCGAUAAGAAACUCUCUCAGUCUACUGAUGUAAUCCAGCGGUCUGACAGCCUAAAAGUUGUGGACAAAAUAAGUAAUAUACCUUCGACCAGAGAAAAAGGCAGAAGAGAAAAGGCAAAUAAGGUAAAAGAGAAACCUAAAGAAAAAUCACGAUCUAUUAGUCCUCAAAAAGAGUGUAAAUCAAACGAGCACAAAGGUCAUAAUCCCUCCCGUUCGCCCGUCCGAGAACAUGAUAGCAACACUGUAAAAGGUAAAUGGGAGACGCAGGUAGUAAGUAAUAAGAACGUCAACACCACACCACCCACACGUUCACACCAACACCAAGAACCAACAAGAGACAGUAAACAAGAGUCGAGUACCAUUGUAGCCAAAUCUUCAGCGCUUCCAACAUCCUCUCAGCCUAUAAUCUUAACACGAACUAGUAGUCUUAAGGAUACUAAGAUCCCGAAGGGCCCUGAAAGGGACCAGAAAGAUCUUCCUGACGCAGCGCAGUACCCUAGAGAUGCUAUUCUCUCUAGGUGGAUUGAGUGUCGAACUGGCAAGUUCGGUAGCAAUUUGCAGUCACCUUCCACUGGUCAGUCACGGCCCCUCAUGACGCAUAAAUUAAAACCCUCACCGUUCCAGAAUCUCAUGGCGGCCCAAGAACUCCUCAAGAACCAAAAGGACUCUGAGAGAGCCGAAAAAAUCAACACUGCAACUUCAAGCGACUCUAGUGAUUCAUCAUCUGCUGACCCGAAAGUCACCAGGAGCAAGAAUGAUGGAGAGAGAGCCACAGGGCGGGUCACCACCACCACCACUACCACCACCACCACGGCAACCACCACUGCUGGUAGUGGUGGUGAGAGUGAGGGACCACAAGACCUGUCCAAACAUCGAAGUCGACCCAACAGCCAGACUAGCGACGAUGGCUCUGAUAUAUCAGACGAUGCCAACAAAACUGUUGGCUCUAAUGACUGUUUUGCGGACGAUGAUGACGAUGACGACGAUACCAGUAACGAAAUGCGCAUUGUCGAAGACGAGAGUGAGCUUCGUGAGCUUGACCUCUCCAUGCCAAGUAAACAGAAACAAGAAGCUGUAAAUAAAAGUGAACAGAACCAGAAGAAUGAAAUUAAAAAUAUAGAUUUUUCUGUAUUUAAGUCCUAUAAAACCAAGGAUAAUAAACCUUCUAAAGCUUCAUCAAGUUUGGAUGACCAAAACGCCGCUGUUUGUCUCCUUCAGCUCAAAUCUUCCUCUACUCCCCAAUCUCCAUACGUUGUCAAAAUUCUCUCACCCGAACCCGCCCACCAAUCCAGCUCCUCCUCGCUCCCAGGCCAGCCAAUGAGAACGCCAUUCGCAACCAGAGCUCCACCCCUUGAGGCUGCUCAACCAAUCAUACCAUCGCUUGGCUCUGAGAGCAGCAAGUGUCCAACGCCGGGAUGUAACGGAGCGGGCCACGCUACGGGCCUUUACUCCCACCACCGUUCUCUAUCCGGCUGUCCCAGGAAAGAUAAGGUCACUCCAGAAAGUAAGUCCUCCCCAUUCUUCUAUUAUUCUACUCCCACUCCUGCCCCCUGUCCGGCUGUCCCAGGGAAGAUAAGGUCACUCCAGAAAUUUUUUAUGCCAUUUAUCACGCCCAGUGGAUUGUCCAGUAUGUCACCAUACCAGUUUCACCAGACUCGGGAAAUCACCACCAGUCGUAUUAGGUACCAGUAUGACGUCAUAAGAUCCCCGACAUCAGACCGCCUGCACAGACCAGUUUGUUUGGUGAAACAGCUAGACUUCUCUCAGCCAUCCCUUCCUCUUCUGCCUGGUACUUCAGGCAGUUCCUCCACUACACCUUCAGUGUCAUCACCCACACUCACUUCCCCGGUUUUCCUGGGGACCUCUACAUCAGCGUCUCUACAAGGUAGCCAGCAGCUAAGUGCAGGACCCACUUUGAAAGCUCUCCCUGUAGUAGCCUCUUCGUCUACCUCUGUUGUGUCCGAAUCGACAUCGUCGCAUGUGGUGGCAAAGGCAGAAAAUUUUGUAACGUCUUCCAUAUUAACAAGACCUUCGGUGGCAACUUGUGGCAGUAUACCCUCCCCACAGGGGUUUGCAUCCUUGUGUUCUCCAGCACCAGAGGAAGAUACAGGUCCUUCAAGGGACUCCCCUCCUCCAGAGAGUGCAAGUGCCCUUGCUCUUAAAAGUGAGGGGUUUUGUUCAACUAGUUUUGCGGGAACUUCUUCCGCUACUUCUAGCACUGUUGAGGAGCGGCCGUGUGAUCACGACCGCUUGAUGGAGGCGUCAACAGUGCCGCCCCCCUCAACCCGCGAUCCACCCGGCCUCCGCCCCCAAGAUCCCCCCAAGACCUGCAUGGAGGAGGUGGCAGGGGGAGGCAGGCUGGCCCUCACUCCAACCAACAACAACAACACCACUACCACCAAUAAUAACAACAACAACAUUACCAACAGCGUCACUACAACAACUACUAGCUCUAGUAAUACCAGUAAUAACAACAACAACAACACCAGAUCUAUUAACCACAGUCCACACAAAACUCUCACCUCUCUAGGCUCUUCUAUCAAGACCACAGAGAACACAGGACUAGGCUGUUUUGGCUACAAAGCCGAAGACGAGGCGGGUCUAAUUCGGCCGGCAGCCAUUACUGAAGUACGCUCUAGUGAAGCAAGGUUUGACCUGCCACACUCCUACACUACACUCGACCUGGACCGUCAGGCAGCCAUCCCCGUCUCACAGCCACACAUGCCUCCCACCCCCACCACCUUCGACACAACCACCGUAGCCGGUGGUGGAUCUAUACAAGGAGGGUCUAUCACUCCCAUGACCCCAGCUCCUGGUCCUCUUGUGAGUGGUAAUGGUCCCCUACUCCCACACGGUCCCUUCGACACACUCAAGCCACCAGUGUCAUCAGAGUACCCCAUCACCACCACUCACAACAGUUUCUUCAUGAAUAAGGCGUGUGGAGCAGAGGUGAAGUUGAACGACACUACACCUUGUUCUGUUGCUUGCAUGCCACCAGUUCCGCCAAACUCCAUGUACCAAAGCCCUGGCUACCGUUACGAUAGCUCAGCCAUCAACCUCAGCGUCAAGACCUCAGCUCUUGGACCCAAUCCUAUGUCCCCCGCGAACGUUAUGGACCUCUCGGGCCCCAUGGGUACUGGGGGUCCCAUGGUGACCUCGCCUCACUACCCAGGACCUGGGGUAUCACCUUGCUACAGUGGACCCCAGCUGGUGUCUCCAGGCAGUUCACACGACUCCCAGCACACCAAUCAAACACUCGACCUCUCCCUUGCUCGACCCCCAGGCUCUCUAAGUGGGCCGACCAGCCCAGAGUACAGCCCUCCUUCACGCCUGGGCUCCGGGUACCCUGGGGGCGGCGCCCCCUUCCAGCAUCCACCCAGCAUUGACGAACAGACUGAACCUGUGGACUUCUCUUCACCUGCUGAGCCAGUCAACUUCAGUCUAGCGAGGCCCCUGGAGUAUGGGGUCACCCCUGAUUACUCCAGGGCACCCACGGCCCCUGCCUGCCCGCCUCAUGAUAAUACCUAUGCCACCACCCCCGACAGAACCCACGAUUUCAGGAAUAUGAAUGGCUACAACACCAUGAGCAGCCGCCCCUAUGACGUGAGUAGCGCCUACAACAGUGGCUACAUGGGUUAUCAAGGCUACCAGGGAGGCUACAUGGCUACAGGCAGCUAUGGUACUACCAUGGGUGGAGACUACAUGACUACCAGUGCUUGUACCACCCCAUACCAGCUCUCACCCUCACGUUCACAACCCCCUCAGACGCCCAUGCCAGACAGCGUGCGUCCCUACUCCCGUAGUGCUGGCAGUCGACGCGAUGGCAAGGAGCUUAUCCAGUGCCCGACGCCCGGCUGUGAUGGAAUGGGACACGUUACCGGAAACUACGCCACGCACCGCAGUCUUGGUCAAAAAAAUCUUCACCUGGCCAAGUCUAUCCUCGCCCCACCAUCCAGCCUGUCCGGAUGUCCCCGCGCGGAUCGUUCGAGUAUCCAGCACCAGACUCAAGAGUUGAAGUGUCCCACGCCCGGGUGUGACGGGUCGGGUCAUGUGACUGGCAAUUACUCCUCCCACCGCUCACUCUCCGGCUGCCCCAGAGCCAACAAACCCAAGCACAAACCAAAGGACACUCAGGACUCUGAACCCCUCCGCUGUCCAGUCCCUGGAUGUGAUGGGUCGGGGCACUCCACGGGCAAGUUUCUCAGUCACAGGAGUGCCUCGGGCUGUCCCAUCGCCAACCGCAACAAGAUGCGCUCCCUCGAGGGGGGCAGGGGGGCUGGGCUGGGCAUGGGCAUGGGCGUCUCCACUGGGUUUGCUGCCAUGGGUGAACCUCGGCCUCCACUCCUAGCGGCGCCUUACUCCACGGGCGGCCCCACAGGUCCUCCCGCGGCUGCCCACAGCCUCUUGGCCCGCCCACUACUCCAUCAGCUGCAGCCCCCACCAAGCAAGAAACUCAGAAUGGAUGACUCCUCCCUGGUCUUCAAGACAGACGGCGAGGAACACAUUGGCUUGGCCUCGGAGAUCUCGGAGUUGCAGAAAGAGAACGUUACAAUGGAGGCCCACGUGACCAAAUUACGCCAUGACGUAUCGUCUAUGGAGGCUGCACUCAAGGUAGAACAGAAGGAGGCGGCUGGUGCUGGUGAGAGGGGAGCACAGCUGACCGAGUACUACGAGUCGUUGCGGAACAACGUCAUGUCACUCCUGGAACAUGUUAAGCUUCCUGGGAGCGGCACCACGCCCAACAACGACCGUAUUGGUCACGACAACUUUGACUCCUAUCUCUCCAAAAUUCACUCGCUCUGCACGGAUAACUACUGCGAGGACUCCCGGCCCCUCUACGACAGCGUGCGUUCAGCUCUCCAUGAUUUCACAGUGCCCCCGACGCCCAUCUGACAUGACUAGGGGUACGCCGGGGCGGGGGCAGCACCCUCUAUGGCCGCUGCCAACGUCCCACCCACCCACACCUAUUUCCCAACUUCCUUUACAACGCCGUUCUUCGGUGUACCACCGGUGAACACAAGUGUGGCUAACAGUACACCCAUGGGUAACACCAUGAACAGCAGCAUGGGGAACACCUUCAGCAGUACGAGCAACAACAACAACAUGGGAGGCAGCAGGUGACGGGAGUAGAUACCUCCCCUGCUCUCAGCUGGUGCUCUUCUACAACUAAACCUCAUACCUGCAGUAUCACACACCACCUUCUCCCUGCUGGACACUCAUAUAAUGUAGUUAUUGAAGGUUGUUUGUUGCCAGCCACAGUCAUUAUAGUGAUCUGUGGUGUCCUGUGUGAGGGGGCCCUAGUGUGGCCUCUAACCAGGGCCUCGGGCUCUUCCUGCUACAAACCCAAGUGUGGAGGCCUUCAGUGGGAAGGCCUUCAGGUGCAAGGGCCUUCAGUGCAAGGGCCUUCUGUGUGAGGGCCUUCAGUUUGAGGGCCUUCAGUUUGAGGACCUUCAAUGCGAGGGCCUUUGUGCAUGGACCUUCUGUGCGAAGGCCUUCAGUACGAGGGCCUUCAGUACGAGGGCCUUCAGUGCAAGGGCCUUGAGGGCGAUGGCCUCAGUGUGAGGGACUUUAUGAGUGUGGCUUGAAGCCAGGCCCCAGCCUCUGCUCACUCUCUGUUGACACUUCUACCAUGAGCUUUAACGUCUGCGAUGUUAAUGUAAAUAAUUUAAGACUUUUUUCUGAAAAAAAAUAAUAUUUCACAUAGGUCAAGUCGUUUGUUGGUGUAUUUGAAAACUGUCUAGACAAUUAGCUUGCUUGACAUUGUCGAAAAUCUAGUGUUGUGCGUGUAUUAAGAAAGCCGACUUUACAGCAAGCUACGUGUCUACUGCACCAAGCCAGUGUGAUGACGUAUGUGUUAGAAUAGGGAGCUUUUAUAAUGUUCCUUUAUGUAAACUUUUAUGUUUAUUAUAAAGCAUGAGAAGUGAACUUUACUUCAGUUGAAAACUGACAAACACUGAAAUAUAACUCAUGUUUUGCCAGUCCAGUGGUCAUGGGUCAGCCUAGGGAUACCCCAGUACCUCCACACAAUUAAUGGUUUUAAAAGUGGUCAGUGGGUAUAUGUUGCUUUUAUGCCUCACUAUCUAGUCAAUAGGGAGAUAUUCUGGACAUGAAAAUAGUUGAGUUACCGUUUUAUUGAUAUUUAAACUAUACCUAGGUUAUAUACAUUGCAUAAUAAGCGUUUACUCAAACUUCAGAAUCAUCUUCUUGGCAUGUUAACUUUGAUAUUACUACAAAACAUCCACAGGUUCAGUUUUCAAGUACAGGUCUCUAUUGCUAUGCCUUGUAUGAAAUUUAAAAAAACGUUUAGAACCAUCAUGAACCUACUGUAAAAAAUAUUAUAACUGAGAUACGUAUAUGUUGUCUGAUAACACAAGUAUAGAUAACACAGUCUAUAUGUUUUCUGAUAACACAAGUGUAAAUUAUUUUUAUUUAUAUUUAUACAGUGGAACCUUGACUUGUGAGUGUCUUAACAUACGAGUUUUUCGAGAUACGAGCGAUCACUCGGUCGAUUUUUUGCUCUGAAUUACGAGCGAGCUUCUUCCCCUCCCCCCCCCCCAACCCACAACCUGCACACCUCACUUGUUUAUCUAUGAUUUCAUACUUUAAUUCCAUGGAAAUCAUCCUCUUUUUCUUAGCACUGU